CAUCUUCAAAUCAACUACCGAAACCCUAAAGCGAGAGCGGCUAUUUUACAGGUGACCUCAAAACUUCCACCCACUGACCGGUCAAUCUCAUAGUUCUCUUCCUCUCCAUAGUUUCGAAACUUUCUGAUUUCAGCAACCAUAAAUCAUGGGAGGGAAAGAAAACUGCAAAGAUCUUUUAAAAUUGGAGCUCGAGAAUCCAUCUUCUUCCUCUGCUUUGGAUUCGGCACUUUUGGUCUGUACAGAGAAGAAGAAGAAGAAGAAGAAGGAGAAGAAACAGAGGGAAGCUCCUCCAUCGAAGCCACCAACUAUUGCUCCAGUUCCCAAAAGCCAAUUUCUCGACAAAGUAAAAGGCUUCUUGGGGGUUAUGGCGGAAGCUAACAAAAAGUUGGAGCAAGACGCAGCAGAGGGAAACUCUGAAGCUUUUGAUAUCGAAGCGUUAACAGGAAACGAAUCUCAAGUUAUCGAAAUGGACUUGAUGCUAGGAAUCGCUGAUCUCAACACACCUGAAGCAGUCAAUGCCGCUGAAGCAGCUAUUUCAGGCAUUGGUCCGGCCACUAGAAGUGGAGAUUCAAGCAGCCAUGAUGAAAGUGAUAGCGACAGUGAUGGAGAAGAGAAUAAGAGUGAAGAAUGUAGCAGAAAAAGAACCAAGAUCAUUGAGCUCUCUUAAAAACAUGUUCUCUCUUCUCAGUUUCAAUAUUUUACUUUAUAUGAAACUUUUGCCUAAUGUUAUCGUUGAGAAUAUAUAAUGCAUCUGUUUUGAAAAUAACGAUUUUGGAACGUGAA